AUUUAUUUAUUAUAAUAUGUAUAUUCAUCCAUCCUUUGUUCCUUUGGUUUGGUUUGCUGGGUUCUGGACAGCAGUCAACAUCGUUUUUUGGAUAUUUAAACGGCGCGAGCCACCACACACAAGCGGAUCAGACAACGCAGAUCAGGCAGACCACACAGAGCAGUCAGAACAAUCAGACCAAGGGGCAGCAGAGGCUGAUCCAGAUGCAGAUACGUUGGUUGAGCUGGUCUCACCGCUGCAUCUGCGCCUGAGCAGCAGUCGGUUCAACGACAAAAUAACAUGUCUUGCUCGCGUUCCUCUUUUCCAAACAGGGCGCGGGAAACAAGCGUGGGACAGGUUUUACGAUAUGGGAGUGUACACGGCGUUUCUCAGCAUGUUUCUGUGCUGGGGAGUUUUGGGCUACGGCGGAUACCAAAUCACAAGCGCGUUGGUGGGAAAGUUUCGGCAGCCCCUGGGUGAUAUGGCUGCUUCUGGUGGUGGUGAAACGGUGUCUUUGCUGGCGAGGAGGUAUUUUGAUGCGUCAGAAGGGCGUAUUCUGAAGCCAAUAAUUCCUGGAGUGACGUUGCCAGUGGGACACUUUGGGGAGUAUUUUUUGGCACUGGUUGUUUGCGCAGCAGUACAUGAGUGGGGACAUGCGCUAGCAUCGGCUUUUUGCGGUGCCGGGGUGCGCUCCGUGGGGGUUUUUGUCCUGGGGGUGUAUCCCGGGGCAUUUGUAGAUUUGGCAGCGGAUCUGUUGGAGCGGCUGAGUGUGUGGGAGCAGCUGCGCGUGGUGUGCGCCGGUGUGUGGCAUAAUUUCAUUUUGGCAGCGGUGGUUUGGGCCGUAGUUUGCUCGGGGUUGCUUGGGCGCAUGCUUGGAGCCACGGUGUGUAAGCAGGCGCAGGGCGUGGCUGUAGUGGAUGUCUCGGCGUCUUCGCCGCUUUUCGGGCGGCUGCCCCUGGGCAGCACAGUCUACCGUGUGGAUGACGUGUGGCUAGAUGAGAGCCGCCGCCGCAGCAGCAGCAGCAGCGGGGUAUUGAAUAACACUGCGGUGGUGACAGGUAUGGGCGGCGACACGGCCCUUGUGCGGUGGACUUGGGCUUUGCUGGCGUCGAGCAAUCGGGAUACGCUGGCGGCCGGGUUCUGCGCGUCAGCGGCGACCAAUGUGGACGACGGGCUGUGCUGCGAAAUGUCGGCGCAGUAUCCGCUGGGCGAGAGCCCUGAUCCGGAGAUCCACUGCUUUGAGACGUUCGAGCAGUCGUUUUCGCUGGGAUGCUAUGAUCUGCGCGCGAUUCUGGAGUCGCCCUUGGGAGGCAGCGGCGAUGCAGGCAGGUGCUUGGGGUCGUCGGAGUGUGCGCAUGGCGAGUGCGUCGUCCCCAGCUCGCCGUUUGCAGAGGGCCGUGUUGCGCGUAUCUAUUACGACAAUCAGCGGCAGCAGCAAGCCGGCGGCAGCACAGGCGACAGCACGGGGGCUGUCAUUUAUGUGGGCGUGGGCGGAUGGAUCGAGGGCUUUUUGCAGUACGUGGUGUCGUUUUCGCUGGCGUUCUGCCUGCUGAAUGCAGCGCCGGCGUGGUGGCUGGACGGAGACCACGCGCUGCGGCUGGCGCUCGGGGACAGCCCGGCGGUCGUGCACCGGCUGGUGACGGGGGCGACGACGGCAUUGCUCGCGUGUUGCAUCGUCGGGUCGAUCGUCCUGCUGGCAAUAUGAUGUGGUGCUUAGAUCCCGGCGACUGCAAGGGAGAGUGAGGUGGAUCAGGGCUAUGGGUAUGGGGGGGGGGAAUGGCCAGCGGCUGGGCGGAGUGGCGAAAGUGAACAACUUUAACAAGUAAUUUAUAGACCGCCCAAGAAUGCAAGUGCCAGGCCCCAAGCCCAAGCCUGCAGUCAAGAGAAAGUCUGAUCCAAAGACUGGGUCCACCAUCCAAACGAAGCAAAGCUGGUAUUUAUGCUUGACAGAUCGACCAAUCUCAAUCACCAUUGGGUAGAAUAAAAUCAUUGGCAGCAGGUGCAGGAGGAAUUAGGUAGAGCUUUUGGACAAAAGCUCCCCAAUUAUAAUUACGAUUUUCGAUUUAUUAUCUUUUCGAUUAUCAGGCGGCCAAAAUUCAGCA